AUGUCCAAGUAUCAAGAAACUUUCAUAAACCCUCGAGGCCCCGGUGAUGCUCGGCCAACAGCCUUGCAAAUUGUGGAAGAUGAAGGUCUGAUCGACAAACUGAAUGACAAGGUCGCUUUCAUCACAGGCGCCAACCAGGGCAUCGGGCUUGAGACGGCACGGGCUCUUCACGCCACCGGCGCCACGGUCUUCCUCGGAGUCCGAGACCUGGAGAAGGGACAGCAGGCCGUGAACGAUAUCCUGUCGUCCAACUCGUCUCGCGGCGGCAAGCAAGAGGCUUUGCACCUCGUUGAGCUGUCUCUCGACUCGCUCGAAUCGGUCCGCUCAGCAGCUAAGGCCUUCCUAGCUAAGAGCCCCAACAGGCUUAACAUUCUCAUCCUCAACGCAGGCGUCAUGGCGCCGCCGCUGGGCCGGACGAAGGACGGCUUCGAGACGCAGCUCGGCGUCAACUACCUCAGCCACUUCCUGCUGUUCCAACUGCUCAAGCCCGCCCUACUGGCAAGUAGCACCGCGUCCUUCAACUCGCGCGUCGUCGCGCUGUCGUCGAUGGGCCACCGCGUCGGCGGGGUCCGCUUCGACGACCUCAACUUCGAGGCAGAGGGCUCGUACGACCCCUGGGCCGCCUACGGGCAGUCCAAGACGGCAGCCAUUUACUUGGUCGCCGAGGUGGAGCGGCGCUACGCGGCAAGGGGCCUGCAUGCGCUGGCCGUCAACCCGGGCGGCAUCUCGACCAACCUGGGCCAGUACCUCCCCGCCGAGUACCUCAAGCAGGCGGCCGAGGACAGGGAGUCCCAGCGGUACAUGAAGAGCCCGCAGCAGGGCGCCGCCACGACUGUCUGGGCGGCGAUCAGCAAGGCCCUGGAGGGGCGCGGUGCUCGCUUUCUGGCGAACUGCGCCGAGCAGGGCCCUGCGGAGCCGUCGACGUCGCCCUUGAGUAUGGUCGACUCGGGAUACGCGCCGUGGGCUUUUGAUGGGGAGAAGGCUGCGAGGUUGUGGAAGGCCUCGGUCGAGAUGGUUGGCGUGCAGGAUGACAGUGACUGA